AUAGUCUCAACCGGGUCCAUGCCUAUACCGUAUACCGGGUAUACCUGUCCCCCGAUCGCGUAAAUUGUUCCACGUAUAUAGCGUAUUGUACCGUAUGUACCGUUUAACUUGCUGCGAGCGAGAGGUCCAAAAUAUUGAUUAACAGUGUCAGUGGAUCUGGAGCCGGAGGGAUCACCUAAGAGAGUUGAGCUCUGCUCUGAGUCGCCAAAAAAGCCCUAACUCACUUUGCCUGCGCAAGAUGACGUUUCAACCAAUCUAACUGUUAGGUUUACAAGUUAUUAGAAGACAGGUGCCAAUCAGGAUCAAGGAUAUCAGGGAAGUUACCAUUGGAUGCAACUGGGCCCAGAAACCGAAAACGCACACUUUUUUUGUGUGACAUUGCUGUAGUGAAGGUCAUUGGUCAAUCAGUUCUGCGAGUGGAUAAAAGAUGCUUUCCAGUGUGAUCACCACCCAUUCCCCUCACUCAUCCCCUCCGACCAGCCCAACGGGGAUAGGGCCGACUUCACCCCGUAAUGAGGCCCGCAUGACCGCCCAGGCCAAACGCCACAAGUAUCUGCGCCGCAUCCUACGCUUCCGUCAGAUGGACUUUGAGUUUGCCAUGUGGCAGAUGAUCUAUCUUCUGGUGGCUCCUCAGAAAGUAUACCGCAAUUUUCAGUACAGAAAACAAACCAAGAACCAAUUUGCUCGGGAUGAUCCAGCUUUCCUUGUCCUUCUGAGUGUCUGCCUAUGUGCAUCUUCUGUAGGAUUUGCCUUUGUGUUGGGUUUAAAUUUUGUUGGAUUCCUCAAGUUUCUUCUCUGGGUAGUGUGCAUUGACUGCAUAGGCGUUGGACUCUGUAUCGCGACAGCUCUCUGGUUCAUAACAAACAGAUAUCUUUUGAUAUCACAUCGUGGUCAAGACGUUGAAUGGGGCUAUGCUUUUGAUGUCCAUCUCAAUGCUUUCUUUCCCAUUCUCAUCAUUCUUCAUGUGUUUCAGCUCAUUCUUUACAUGCCAAUUAUUAAUAGAGAUUCUUUCCUUUCAACAUUCUUUGGUGACACACUGUGGGUCAUUGCGAUCGGAUACUAUAUCUACAUUACUUUUCUCGGUUACAGUGCGUUACCAUUUCUCAAGAGGACUGUUGUGCUCCUGUACCCCCCGUGUGUAACACUAUUCUGCAUCUACAUCCUCUCUGUUACUCUCAACUGGAACAUCAGUCGGACAGUCAUGCACUUUUACAGAUACCGCGUCAAGUAAAUCUCUUGAAACUGAAGCAAAAAGAAAGACAGAGACUUUCAAGUAUUAAUGAUAUACCACACUUAUAUCGUGCAUUAUCAUGUGAGCCAAUAUUUGAGUGCACUUGGUCAUGACUGUUGGUAUUAACAUACAUGUAAAGAAAACAUUCUUUUGCCACAAUUACCUUGUGUUUUUUGGUACACUUUCACUUGGGGGCUUCAACCUUCAUCGGGGCACCGUCUUGCAAAGAAAUGUGAUUGAUCAGAUCAACCACAACUAUGGAAAGCCAGCACUAUCAACAUAUAAAAUACAUGUUUGUUCAAACUGUUUUCUAGAUGUGAUGUGUAUCCAUAUAUUCAUCUGCAUCUUGAUAAUUCAGCAUGCUUCCUUUGCGAAUUUCCUGGAGAAAAAAUUAUGACAAUGAUGGAUUUCCAUAUAGUUGAUAUUGAUUGGAUAAGUCACAACUCUUUGUAAAGACGGGAUCCAGAUCUUUGUUGAAGAUGGCAUAGUUGUUGUGACGGAGACAGGUUAACUUUCAUGAUUGUGAAACGUUUGAUGGGUGGUCCUUAUCAGGACCAACAUAUGCCCGUAACACAAAGCUUAGCAAUGAUCAUAGAACAUUUUUUUACAAUUGAUUCCAUUGACUACAAUGCAUGAUCAAUCGUGAAAAUCAAGCGUAUGAUUAAUCGCUAACCUUUGUAUUACGUGACCCUAGUGUACCAUGAAACCACCACACUCUUAACGUUUGAUGAUGCCAUCACACAAAUUUGACGAACCUUUUCAGUGACUGUCGGUACAACUUACCCAGCUCGAGCAUGUGGUGCUUCAUACCUUCAAGAAAUGAAUCCUACUGAGCUACUCGGUCUCCAUAUACCCCCUUACAUUCAAGUACAGCAGCAUAUUGAUGAAUAUCUUCCUGAAGGAGGUUAUCUUGGUGGAGUGGGAUCCUGUCAGAACCACGAUACUUCAUCACACGCUUUUUUAAAUGAGUGGACAUUUCAUGAGAACUAGUAAUCCAGUUGUCUCAUGGUGAUCUUCUUUGUGAGAUAGGGAAUCGGUAAGGUAGAACACAGUGGUUCCCGCCAUUUAUACAUAUGCCUACAACAGAAUACACGGUGUACCAUGCAGCCUCUACACUGAAAGGUCAUAUUGGAAGCAAAACUGUACGGUCAUACAUACAUGUUUGUGUCAUAUAUGUAAUACAUUAUGCUGAAUAUUGGGCUGCUGCUUUAAAUUGUAUAUUUAAAUUGUAUGUAAUUGUAUGUUUAAAGCGUGGAGCGUUGUGGCCCAGUGGAUUAGUCUUCUGACUUUGAAACAGAGAGUCGCGGGUUCGAAUCCCAGCCAUGGCGUAAUUUCCUUCAGGAUUAUUUCCCUGAAUGCAUGAUCGCUGAAAGGCAGCUCAAGCUAAACCCGGGAUAAUAAUAACAAUGCGCCUCGGAAUGAAUAGAAUAUUUCUAGAUAGAGAACGAAGGAUAUUAAUUUGACAUUUUUUGUGGAUGAUGAUUCAACUUACCUAAAACUGACAGUUGUAGGCAGAAAAAAUGUAACUAGUUUGGCUUUUAAUAAAAGUAUUAAACUUCUAAAGGUAUAUAUACUGAGUGUAUAUAGCGUUAUUUAGCAUUUGUGUAAAGAGAGUUACUUUAUUUCAGAAAAACAAUUGUGCAUACUGAAAUUGUUUAAUAGAGGAUGCCUUUUCAAUAUUUAUUGUAGUUCAGAAACUUUGAUUUGCUGAAAAAUCAUGCCGGCCCGAUAAUUGUUUUACUAACUUGAUGGUGCAUAAUUAAUAGUGUUCUUGUUAUCAUUUUCACUUUCAAUAUAAAAAUAUAUCUGAAAAUAAUUCAAUCAUCAAAACAGAUCGUUUUGUGUAAAAUUUGUUGAACUAUUAUCAUGAAAAAUUGUGAUAAAGAUGAUAAUGCAUUUCAUUAGCCUACCAAAAUUAAUGGUCUUUUUUCUGGUUGUUGCCAUACGUGAUAAAAUCUUUUAUAAUGACACCAUAUAUUUCAAUGAUAAUCAGAUUUCAAUUAUGAGAAUUUGAAAUGAUAAUAUCGACUGGAAUUAAUUUUGAGGUAUACCACAUAUAUUCCUCUCCCGAGAACCAGAUCCUCCUUGUGAACACUCAGGGAAAAUAUGAGACUACUUUUUGGAUAUAUUUGUGGUAUACCCCUUGGGGCAAGUCAAUAGUAUACUAUUAUUUCCUACUUAAUGAGCACAUCAUACAUGUAUCUGUAUUAUUGAUAAGUUAGGAGGAAUUGGUUCUCCAUCUGACUGCAUUAAAAAGAAAAUUUGAAAGAAAUUCAUUUAGUUUUAAAUUGCCUGGAGGGCAGUUCUUUUUCUAACAAGUACUUGUUUUUGUUAUUUUAUGGUAUGGGCAACAUUGUGAAGGAUGCAUACUUACAUGUUAAAUGUUUCAGUAUACAUGUAAUACACCUAAAUUAAAUGUUGAAAACGUGAUAUUUUUUAAAUCCCUUGUAAACAAUAUGGAAAUUUUAAGAAUAAAACGUAAGUUGUCUGAAUCUCAAACAAUAUAGCGUGUAUUAUGUUGGGUUUUUUAUCACUGGAAUUAGAUCUUGCUUUAUGAACCUUGAAAUUUUAUACUAUUAUGUGCCUUGAUAAGUUAUGUUUAUACAUUUCUCUCAAUGAAGAUUUGUUUUUCUUUUCUUUUUAUUUAGCUGACCCCCGCCCAAUCAGAUUAAACCAAUCAAAUUAAGUGCACACAUGUUAAUUUCACACAAGGAAUGUUAUUAAUUGAUUUUGAAAGAUGUUUGAUGAAACAAUAUGCAGGGUCCCGUUUCAUAAAGAGUUAAAAUCAUUGUAAAUUAAUUUGCUAUUAUUGCAACUACCAUGGUAACAUCACUCAACAGCCAAUCACAUAUCAAGGUUUCCAUUGUAGUUUCUAUGAUAGCAAAUAUACAUUAGUUGUAACUGUUUAUGAAAUGGGCCCAGAUUGAGGUGUGUUGUGGAGGAAAUUGCCCUUGAUAUUGGUCCUUUCAGUUUCUAGAAAUAUUUAUUUAUCUUGUUUAUUUAUUCAUCUAUUUACUCAUUUAUUCAAGUA